AUGGUGCGGAAAGCUAAGAUGGAAGCCCCUGCCCCUCCCAAAGCCGAAACCAAGGCAAAGGCUUUGAAGGCCAAGAAAGCGGUGCUGAAAAGAGUCCACAGUUACAAAAAAAAGAUCCGCACAUCACCUAAGUUCCGACAACCCAAGACUGCGUCUCCGAAGGCAGCCCAAAUACCCUCAAAAGAGCGCCCCCAGGAGAAACAAGCUUCAUCACUAUGCCAUCAUCAAGUUCCCCCUAAUACUGAAUCAGCCAUGAAAAAAAUAGAAGACAGCAACAUGUUUGCAUUUAUUGUGGAUGUCAAGGCACAGGCACCAGAUCAAACAGGCUGUGAAGAAGCUCUAUGA